CUAGCACUGGCAGUUUCUUCAGCAAUGAUGUGUAUGACAGGCAGAUUCGAAAGCCACACGGAGAGUGCGAAGCUGACCAUAACCCUAACUUAACCAUGUUUAGAGAAUGCACGUCUAGAGGUCGCCGCACAGUAAGUAUCUUUAGCAUGCUACUCAGGGUCCUAGCCUGUCCUAGCGGCAAAGAGAGGGACUGUGGGAACCCCUAGGGUGAGAUACCAUGGACUAACAGAGGCUUCCUCGAAUCUGUCGAUCAUUAGAUGGUGAUGUGUUGAUUCACCUUUAAUGUCCGUUUCAUUUGUGGGGAGGAAACCAGUGGCACGUGGGUCGAUCUCAUAAUGCCAAUCAGGCACGUGCCGCAUAGUCUCUGACAUUGCCCCAUCCGAGAUAGCCGCCCAAACAGUCUCUCAAGGUCCCUCGACACCCUUACUUUGAGUACCAAGCCGCUGCGUGUGUCAUGCUGCGUGUCUGUGUAGUGCCGGGAAACGUCUUUUCUUUCCGAUCCUUCCUUGAAUAGCCCUACGCCACAGCCCCCCUUGGCUGGCUUCAGAAAUCUCAGGAAGCCCGAUGCUGUGCAACUCCUCUUGGUAUGUUGAUUAGAAAAGCGGUGGAGGGCUGAAAGCACUUCAAUGGCCCCCACCUCUCUCCCAAUCCCUGAAUGCUCGUGCGACUCCGGCUCCUCGUGUGCCGUGAUGGUGGUGCUUUUCAUGCUCGUGUUCUAUGCCCUGGCCCUGUGGGAUCGAUGGAUGACUCUCAAGCUCCGUCAACACAGGAGGGACGAUGAAUCCUGUUCGCCAAGAUCUGCAUCAGGAUAUGGGACGAUGGAGCCGCGGAAGUUACCGCCGUUUCAGAUCCCUGUGUUCAAGCUCUCUCCGCCUCCGCCUGAGAGCGACCCGAAAUCCACACACGACGACGGCGAUCUGGGGACCUGUGAAAUCCGUUUGAUGAAGAGGGAUCUCACGCUGCUGUACCCGCCCGAGUCUCCCACAGAGCUGUAGAGUCUCGUGUCCUUCCCUAUCUUACGUUUGAUCGCGGAUUUACCUAUAUUUAUUGCAUGACGUUGGGCUCAAAUCGGAAAAAUUGCCAGCCUUGAGUUGAGAGCAUCAUCGGAACAGUCGGUUGCAGAGUGAUGAAUGUCCUGGGAAGGCCGAUCUUGUUUCCCUGCCGAGCGCUUAUUGCGAAGUCCCAGUUGGACCCACAGAGAUUCUGACGCAAGUUUUCCACGUCCAGGUAUCUACUCAGAGCGAUGAAGGUGCGGCAACAUGAUGAAACCUAAUGUAUGUUACGAGGUCUGGUAUGAACUCGAGCACGUCAGCUUUCCGUCAUUGGAUCGUAGAUAAAUAGCCAAGUGAAUUGGAUGAUCACGAGCCAGUGCUUGUCGGAUACACACAGCCUGCAACAGCAUCUCACAGUCUCGGAAGAUCGAUAUGGUAAAUAGCGUGACUAAGAAUACCUCAUACUGGUGCGUGCUUUGCUCGAAAGGAGUGUAUCACGGCGCUCCCUGGGGUCUGUGAGGUACCUAAGCUAAGCAUUUGGC